AACUCUGAGAUAGAAAUUGUGGCCUAGGAGGCCUGAGGAGGGAGAGAGCCAGCCCAGACGAGCCAGACACCCUACCUACCCACCCUACCUACCGUCUACCUGAGUACUUUGGGAAAAGGCUGGCAGUCAGCAGGGCUGGAAGCUACCUACCUCAGGGCCCGCACCUGCCUGCCCCUCCUUGCUCUUCAGUGCCUGCCAAGAAGAACUGAGAGUCGAGAACCAGAGAGUGAGAGAAGUAAUGGAGCCAGACAAGACUCAGAUAAAGCUUGACCCCAGGUACACGGCAGACCUUGUGGAAGUGCUGAAAACCAAUUACAGCAUCCCCUCUGCCUGCUUCUCUCUCCCUCCCACUGCAGCCCAACUUCUGAGAGCACUGGGCCCUGUGGAAAUUGCCCUCACAGUCAUCAUGACCUUGCUUGCCCUGGGCUCAAUUGCCAUCUUCCUGGAGGAUGCCCUCUACCUGUACAAGAACACCCGUUGCCCCAUCAAGAGGAGGACUCUGCUCUGGAUCAGCUCUGCACCCACGGUGGUGUCUGUGUUCUGCUGCUUCGGUCUCUGGAUCCCUCGUUCCCUCAUGAUUGUGGAAAUGGCCAUAACCUCGUUUUAUGCGGUGUGCUUUUACCUGCUGAUGCAGGUCAUAGUGGAAGGCUUUGGAGGGAAGGAGGCAGUAGUGAGGACACUGAAGGACACCCCGAUGAGGAUCCACACAGGCCCCUGCUGCUGCUGCUGCCCCUGUUGCCCCAAACUCAUGCUCACCAGGAAAAAGCUUCAGCUGCUGAUGUUGGGGCCAUUCCAGUAUGCCUUCUUCAAGAUAACACUGGGCCUGGUGGGCCUAUUUCUCAUCCCCGAUGGCAUCUAUGACCCAGCAGAUAUUUCUGAGGAGAGCACAGCUCUAUGGAUCAACACUUUCCUUGGCGUGUCCACCCUGUUGGCCCUCUGGACCCUGGCUAUCCUUUUCCGUCAAGCCAAGCUGCACCUGGGCGAGCAGAACAUAGGAGCCAAAUUUGCUCUGUUCCAGGUGCUGCUCAUCCUGACUGCCCUGCAGCCAUCCAUCUUCUCAGUCUUGGCCAAUGGCGGGCAGAUUGCUUGUUCACCUCCCUUUUCCUCUAAAAUCAGGUCUCAAGUGAUGAAUUGCCACCUCCUUGUACUGGAGACUUUUCUGAUAACUGUGCUGACACGAAUAUACUACAGAAGGAAAGACGACAAGGUUGGAUAUGAACCUUUCUCUUCUCCAGACCUGGAUUUGGACAUCAAAGCCUGAGGUGAAUGGCUUGGACUAUGAAAGAGACACUGUACUCAUGAGAUGGGCACAAGAUUUCUUUGCUGUCCCUCAACAUUGCCCAAAUGGGAAAGAUUCCAUUGUCAGCACAAACUGGCAAAUUACAUUUGAUUAUAGAGAUGAAGGUAAAUUAUGCAAUAGGAUGAAACUGCUUUGGAUUUUGCCUGGGAAAGGUAACUUAAGAUUUAUAAUAGACAAACAGGAUGGAGUAUGAAACUGUAUAACUGGGCACAUUACCUCUGUGGGUGCCACUAUCAGCUCUUAAAGCUUGUAUAUUGAAAGGUCACUUUGAGUUUUCUCAAAGCAAAUGAAAGGGGGAAGAGUACCUGGUAGUUUGUCUGGUAUAAAAAUGAGAGUAGAACUUAGGCAAAAUAGUACAAGCCCCAAAUCUCUAAAGAACCAGGCUUCUGAAGAACAGAUCGAAGGUGUUCUUUUCCUCACAGAUAACAUUAGACCUGUGAGAUCCAGGUCAGCCUCCCUUUGUGGGACAAUGGCUUUUUAAAUCUUCUGUGCCAAGCUGAAAAAGGAAUCCCCAAUAAUAUGGUCAUGGAGCUUGAUUUUGAGAAAAUAAAGUGCAAAAGCAAAUGAACUGCGAGUACAGGAAAAAGAUCCCAAUACAUAAAAUGUAUCAUAUACAUGUUUAUCAGGUCAAAACACAGAAAAUAAAACAUUAGGUAAAACCACUUUGCUUUUAUUUGGCUAAAUGACAAAAGCCAAAAUAACUCUGAACAAGUUAAUAACACUCAGACGGGAAAACAAUAUACUGAACACCAGUUGAGGAAAACAUUCCUGUGAACGUCAGCUCUGGUGAUGGAUGGGGUUAACUUUCGUGCUGAGGCCAGCAUUUCUUUGCAAGGCUAUUUUUUUUCUUCAGGUUCCUCAAUACAAAAAA